AUGUGUGUCCAUAAGAGUCAGGCCUGGUUGCGAGAGAGGAUCCUCAGUGACCGCGGUCACGAGCAGCAGAUGCAAAUCGCACAGUUAGUCAAGAUUGCCAACCGAAUGGGCUGCACAUCGGUCCAGCUUGCGAUUGGUGAGUUAAUUCAAGAUAUGAGAUGUGUUUUGAAAAAGUAUUUAUAA